AUGAAAAGUAUCAAUCCUAUUUUCUUUUGUAUUGUGGAAACUCGUGCGAACUCCGCUCGGCUUGAUUCUUUCAGUGCUAAAUUAGAUCGCAACUGGGCCUGGGCUGCUAUUGAGGCCGAUGGAUACUCUGGUGGAAUCAUCGUCACUUGGCAAAGGGAUAUCGGUAUGGUUACCCCGAUUGUUAAAUCCAGGUAUGCCUUGCACCUAGUGAUUACUAAUUCUAAAAACGAGUCUUGGAUUCUUUCUACAAUCUAUAACCCUUCUCGUAUCCAAAACCAGUACUCCGUUUGGCAAGAGCUCUCUGAUUUAGCUUCUAUUAAUCUUCCCUGGAUUCUGAUAGGGGAUUUUAAUUCUAUUGUUUCUUUAAAUGAAUUACGGGGUGGCUCUCAUCUCUAUUACCGCCGUAAAGCUCGUGUUUUCUCGGAUUUUAUUAUUGCUAAUAACCUUCUUGAGGUUAAUUUUUCUGGUAGUAAAUUUACCUGGUGUAAUAACCAAGCUGGUACUGCCAGGAAAUGGGCUCUCUUAGACAGGUGUUUGCUUAAUCCUUGCUGCUCUGCCUUGUUUGAAACAUAUUUCAUAAAACAUCUUCCCCGCCUCUUUUCUGACCAUGCCCCUCUCCUUCUCACCCUCUCUCCCCGUAUUUUUAACCGUAAGAAAAUUUUCAGAUUUGACAACUUCUGGUUAGAUUAUAUUGAUUGCCACUCUGCGGUCCGACAUGCUUGGAACUUUCUUCCUCACUCCAACCCUAUGCAUGCUUUUUCGCAUCUUAUUUCUCGUACCAGAGCCAAGCUUAUUUCUUGGAAGAAAAUUGGUCUGUGUCCUAUUGAUGCCUCUAUCAACAAUCUUGAAUUGGAGAUUUUGGAGGCUGAGGCCCGGGAUCAGUUAAAUGGUAGCAUUGAUAAUUCGUCUGAUAAUCUUUAUUCUCUUUAUAACAAACUCGCUGCUCUUCAUCGGCAAAAUUACUCCAAAUGGGCCCAAAGAGCUCGGUUGCUUUGGGUACAUUGUGGUGAUUUAAAUACCAAUUUUUUUCAUAAUUCCAUCAGGAUUCGUAAUCAUCAUAAUUCUAUUUCCCUUAUCAAUGAUCCCAAUGGUGUUUGUUUCACUGAUCGUAUGGACAUUGAUAAGAUUUUCUGUGAUUUUUUCUCUAAUCUUUGGACUGAUUCUUCGAACAAUACUAUUGUAGAUAUUUUUCAUGCUUUACCCAAUGAUCUCCCUUUGGUUUCGUCUGUUGAAUGUGAGUCUUUGAUUAAGGAAGUUACCAAGGUGGAAGUCCUCCAUGCUCUCCAAUCCCUCCCGUCUGUUAUUCCAAAUGCUUGGGGCCGCACGUUUAUUGCUCUUAUUCCUAAAGUGCCUACUCCUAAAUUGGUUACUGAUUUCCGUCCUAUCUCCUUACAACCAUCCUCAUGGAUAAAGCCUUCUAGGGGUCUUCGUCAGGGAGAUCCUUUGUCACCUUAUCUUUUUAUCCUUGUUGCCCAGAACUUGUCAGCUAUUUUAAAUUUUGCAAUGCAUAACCAAAUGAUUCCUGGUUUCAAUCCUUCUCUCAGAAACAAUUUCAACCAUCUUAUGUAUGCUGACGAUCUUAUUCUUAUCACUCAGGCGACCAGGAAAUCUGCUCGUAACAUUAAUUUAUGCUUUUCCAUAUAUGAGAGUUUAACUGGUCAGCGUGCGAAUAAAUCCAAAUCUAGCAUAUAUUUUCCUUCUCAUUUCAAUAGAAGACUCAAUAACAGUAUAUGUAGCAUUCUUGGUUUUAACGCUGGUUCAUUCCCGUUUACCUAUCUGGGGAUGAUUAUCUCUCCUAGACGCUUAGCUAUGUCCUUGUUUUCCAACUUGAUUGCUAAAACUGAGAAAUCUGUGUCUUGUUGGAAACACUCUAAAAUCUCUAUGGCUGGGAAAAAAAUUCUAAUUAAUUCUGUCCUUAUGUCUUUCCCUGUUUACUAUCUCUCAGUCUAUCCUGUCCCUGACACUAUCUUGGAUGGCAUCUCUAAAUUGCUAGGACAUUUUUCUGGUCUAAAGAUGGCAAUAGAAAAGGCAUGA